AUCCAAGGAUCGUUCCAGCUAGCGGCUCAGCUAGCUGUAUCCUCUCCCGACGCCUGCCAUUUCUCCUCGGCUGCCUGACUUCGAUAAGCUGGUUGGUAGGCUGAUGAUGUGGUGUGAAGAUGGAGGCUCCUGAAUACCUGGACCUGGAUGAGAUUGACUUCUCCGAUGAUUCAGUGUAUUCUGUGACGUCUCUGAAGAGCAUCCCAGAGUUGUCCAGGAGGAGUGAUGGCCAGGCCGAGGAGAGACCAGCUCCAGCCAUCAACUGGAGUCGUGGCGUUUCUUCCCACAGCAGUGGGGGAAUCAAACCCACGGGGCUCGCUGAGGUCCACAGUAAGUUCCGGCCGGUGAAGAGGGUCUCCCCUCUCAAGCACCAACCAGAGACCAACGACUCUGACCCUGAUGGUAAAGCCCAGGUCCAGGGGCUGGGGGAGCCGGGGGAGGGCAGUAAGGAUGACCCCAGCUCUGACAAACCAACUCAGGCCUCCACCUCCUCUGAUGGGCCGGGAGGGAAGGCGAAGGACCUGGGCGGCAGCGUUGGUGUCAUUGGAGGGAACAACCCUCAGGCUCUAUUUGGGGAGCUUGAGCACUACGAUCUGGACAUGGACGAAAUCCUGGACGUGCCUUAUAUCAAGUCCAGUCAGCAGAUGUCCACGCUGCCUCGUGUCCCCCAUGACAAGCGCUCGGUGACAGGAAGCAACCUGGGUGGAGGCACCCUGGAGAGGAGGCACCCUGGAGGAGGGCUGAAGAGCUCCGCUUUGCCUCACAAUGAGCCUCUGAGCCUGGGCAGCAGCAGCUCACAGACUCCGUAUUGUGUCCUGUCUCCAGUGAAGUGGUCAGAUCUGCGGAAGUCCAAGUCCAUGGAUCCAGACCUCCACCACCUCCACCGCUCCCCAGCUGGAGGAGGCUACCAGUCGGAGUUGCUCUCCUCCGGACUCCUCAGCUGCUCCUCGUCCCUCUCUUCUUUCUCUGAUGCAGACAAGCUGCUGUCUGCGCGGGUCUACCCAGACUCCCAGACCCAGAGGGCAGGCGUGGAGCCUGCAGGGGGCCCGGGGCUGAUGUUCUCCCUGCCGGGCUGCAGUGCAGGCAGGCAGGACGCCUCUAAGCCCUGGGCUCCUGGACCAGGAGGAGGAGGUGCAGGCAGCAGUGUGCCGAGGGGUUUUGGAGGGGGUGGAGGAGCAGGAGUGGAGUUGGAUGAGGAGACUAAGAAGAACCAGAACAUCAUCAACAUCGUCAGAGAGGGACAGAUCUCUUUGCUGCCUCACCUGGCAGCAGAUAACCUGGAGCUGAUCAGAGAUGACGAUGGUAACAACCUGCUGCACAUCUCGGCCUCUCAGGGUCACGCCGACUGUCUGCAGCAUCUCACCUCUCUAAUGGGAGAGGACGGCCUCAACGAACGGAACAACCAGCAGCUCACUCCUGCUGGUCUGGGAGUCAAGAAUGGUCAUCUGGAGUGUGUGAGGUGGAUGGUGAGUGAGACAGAGGCCAUCGCAGAGCUGAGCUGCACCAGAGAGCAUCCCAGUCUGAUCCACUAUGCUGCCCGCUAUGGACAGGAGAAGGUCUUGCUGUGGUUGCUUCAGUUCAUGCAAGAGCAGGCAAUCUCUCUGGACGAAGUCGACCAGAACGGAAACACGGCUGUCCACGUAGCAGCUCAGUACGGACACCUGACCUGUAUACAGACUCUGGUGGAGUACGGCUCUAAUGUCACGGUCCAGAACCAACAGGGGGAGCGGCCUUCCCAGAGCGCAGAGCGGCAGGGACACACCACCUGUGCUCGAUACCUGGUCGUCGUGGAAACCUGCAUGUCUUUGGCAUCACAAGUUGUUAAACUCACCAAACAGCUCAAUGAACAAGCGGCAGAGAGGAUAACUCUACAUAAACAACUGCAGAGACUAAUGGACCCCAACAAGGCAGAGGGGACACCUUCCAGAUCACCUAGCUCCCAUCAGCCCUCAGUGGAGGCGUGGCCAGAGAUGAUGUUGACAGCAGAGGGGAAUCCGGGUGACGGUCAAUGGUUGGUUCGUCAGGGAGGGGUGGGUCCAGACUCUGUGCUGCGGCAGCUGCUGGGGAAAGACAUGUCGGACACACUGUGUCACAGGCUGCCUCCAGCGGGCGGGCUGAGCAGAGAGGGUCCCUGUGGCCCCGGGGCCCCUGGGGCCCCUGGGGCACGUAGAACAGGGCUGGUGGAGAGGAGAGAGCUCAAACUAGCUAGACUGAAGCAGAUCAUGCAGCGCUCGCUGAGUGAAUCAGAUUCGGAUGGUUAUCCACCAGAGGAAGGUAAAAGUCAAGGAGCCUCGGCCUCAAACACACUGCGACCUGAUAGGCCGUCCCACCUGCCAAUCACAGAGGAGGAGCCAGUGUCAAACCACCUUAACCUGAUGAUGAGGAAGCACCUCCCCUCCUCUUCCUCCUCGACAGCUGAGAAGAAGCUGGGGUUUUCUCUCAGCGGGUCAAAGUCGGUGGACAGCAUCGGUUACAACCCGUCCCCCACCAGCGACCCUGAGGCCGCAGACGGUAAAACCCCAGACGCUUCCACCGACUUCCAUGACGCCGCUAACGGCCAGAAAGUUGCCACCAGCCCCAAGAGCGCCCUGAAGUCGCCCUCGUCUCGCAGGAAGACGUCUCAGAACCUCAAACUGAGGGUCACCUUCGACGAACAGGUCCACAAGAGCUCCAGUCAGGAAGCAGAGCAGACCAAAGGGCAUCAUACGAAGGAGAGGACUCCAACAGGAAGCUCAGAAAGUAAGCGGCCGUUCGGGGCAUUCCGCUCCAUCAUGGAGACACUGAGCGGAAACACAAACCACAAUAACAACAACAGCGGUGGUCAGUCAGGCUCGGCUGUUAAACUGUCCACCUGUCAGAACUCACCUGGCAGGAAGUCGGAGAGUAAAGGCAGCCCAGGAGGAGGAGCCAGGGGCAAGAGCAAAACCAGUAAUGUUUAGCCAACUAGUGCCUACUGAAGGACAGAGAGCACAUAAUGAACAGACCACUACAAAGAGCAAACAGUAAGAGGCAGUGAACAUGACAAAUGUAUAGUGAUUUAAUUGACUGACACAUUUUGUGUCAAAGAUUUUAGCCCAUCUUCUCAGUUUGUCUCAAAGCUGAACACACAUACACAUAAUGAGACAUUAUGAAGUGUGAGGCAACUCUUUCCAGUGGUAAUCAUAUCAAAAAUACCCAAAAUAUCAACAUAUAUAGGCUACAUCCACAGUUUGUUUAUUGGGUCCAAACCACAGUGGUGGAAAAGCCCACUCGGCUUAAAUUUUGGAUUUGAUUUGAAUACAGUAUCAUCAGACGAUCACAAGUGGAGCAGGUCCGGUCUGGUAAACAAACAGUUUAUGGGGCUGGAUUGGAGUGUUUGUGAGCUGGUAUCCUGCCAGUUUGACCCUUUUAAUAUGGGACAUUUAAUUUGGUUGUCAAAGAGCCGAAGUGGGUAAGACAUCUGUCCCCUUGUACCCAUAGUCCAUGUUCACAUUACCCUGACAAACAUGCUUGGUUCUACACUAACUUAGUCAAUAAAAUGAACCUCCCAGUCAAAGUCUAUUGUAUUUUUACAAAAUAUCAUCUUUACUCAAGGUCCACUUGCUAACUUUUUUCUAGACCUUUAAACAAUAUCCUAUGGUUUUCAUCAAUGGAUUUUGUUUGGUUUUCAUAGUCUGUCAAUUUCAAAAAAAGCCAGUGAAUGAACUGUUAUUUAAGAUUAUUUUGUGAAACUACAAUUCUUAAGUAUGAACUUUCAUACUCAAAGAAUGUGUUCUCGUUCAUCCAGUGAGCAGUUUAGUUUCAAUCAUAACCAACAGUAUUUAAUUGCACUUCUGCUAAUUACACUGAAGUUUUUAUACUUGCAAACAUACAGUUUCUCAUGUUCUUUGCCUCAAAUGUUUGUCUUUUGAUGGUUUUUAUACAGUUUAAGGACUGGAAGACAGGCUCUGUUACUGUCUGUUAAAAUGUAUUUGAUGCCGUAUUCAGAGACAAGAAUCACUACUAGAACCUGUGUUUAAUGAACCUGAGGCAACUGUUUUUAUAGAGAGACUGAAGGAAGUUUGUGUAUUAGUCGGCGUCCUGCAGAGACCUCACAUCUCCAUAAUACAACUUUUAAUACAUUUUUAGUUUUUGUCACAUUUGGUUUGAUUUUGUAUCGGAUUACAGAACCUUCCCAGAGUUCAUUGGUCUGCUAAAACAAACCAAAACAAAAAAAGUGUCAUGAGCCAAUCUUUCUAAAUGGAGAUUAAAGGCUCCUGUUUCUGUGCCACUCUGUUACUGUACUCUGAACUACACUAAAGAUGAUGAUUAUUAGUAUUUAUGUUUAUGCACACAAUUAUAUGAUUUGAAAUUUGAAAACUGUGGUUAUAAUCAUGCACGUGGUUAACGUGCACCAGCACAACAAACAGUUUUAAAACCACUGUAUAUAUAUAGUAGUAUUUAAUUUGUUUUCAUCAUAUUCCACACAUUUUUUUUUUUUAAUUUCCAUGGUUAUUAUCUAUGCAGUACUUUUUGGCAUGACGUAGACUUUAGUUGUGUGAUGUGUUUGAGACGGGGAGGUUUGAGGAUGCACCUUCUACAGCGGCUGACGAACAGGCCGAUCGUAUGAACUUUUCAGAGAAAGGAGUUUAAACUUAUCAUUCCAGAGAUUUUACACAGCUCUCAGGAGAUUGUGAACAUUGACAAACUGUCUCAAAGCUUGAAACUAGAAGCCUGAGGCUGUAUCUCUUAUCCAAUGUUUAAAUUUCAGUGUGGCAAUAUAUGGUAAGUGAAAUUGGUGUGUCCAUUAAAAUAUAACAAAAACAUAACAGAGCAUUUUUUAUGGGCGUUUGCUCUGCCUCAUGACAUGUUAGAUUAACUCUCCUGUCGUCAAUGCUAAGUUUAUAUAGCUUGGUUGUUGAAAAACUAAUCCUAAUAAUUACACAUAGACACACAAAACAAAAAGCAGCAUGCAGCCAAGCCAUGACAGAAGAUAAAGUCAGAUGCACAAAGUGCACAGAGUGAUAUGAAUUUUUUGUCUUUAUUUGAUCAUAUUUCUUAUUCAUUUUAGGUUUAGAAAUCCUGCUAUGUGAAUGUUGAUCAGUUGUAAUUUACUGAUUAGUUUGAACAGUCGAUUGAUCCCAGCUCCAUUGUACUACAAAAACUGUUCUCAUCUGUUUUCUGAACCUUCAAUGGUGACUAUAGACUUUAACGCCUCACUAGCACCCCCAAGUGGCUGCAGAGUUCAUUACACCAGCCUGUUUACAAGAGUUAGACAGAGCAAACGGUUUUUUACAGUAUUGGGGGUUAUUUAUUUAUUUUUUUUCCUGAGGGUGGUGCUAGAGGGAAAGUCAAGUGGUUCACCAAAAUCACGAGGAGUCAUUCAGCAGGAAUAUCUACAUUUAAUUUAAUGGAAAUCUGUCCAGGACAUGACAACAUGUCUCUUUGGUCCAAAGUGUUACAUGGGCCAACUGUCUUCCUUAACAAAAAACUCUCAUUCAUAGAGUUUACAUUCAUUCAUAUCAUGUUUCUGGUCUGCGGUCAGUUCUUACCUCUGAGUCAUGCAAAACCUAGCUUAGCCCGAAGGCUGGAGGCAAAUUAAACCAAAUGUCAUAGUAUACCUUUCAGCCUCACCACGAACAAAGCAAAGGUUCUUCCACUUGCCAUUUCAGUUUUCGGCCAUGUGAAAACACUCCGAACAGAAACCUAGAUUACAGCCUCGGCUCUCUAAUUUGUAGCUUUGGGAGAAACUGGAUCACAUCUGUUAUGUUUUUGAUGCAUGUUUAUGGUAAUACAAAUACUGUGUUUGGUUCUGAUGCAGCAGACUUCUUUCUUAUCCAGACUGCUCAGUGUAGGACAUCAGUCGGUAGAGUCUUUCUUUCGUGUUUCGGUUUGUUUUUCUAUCUGUAGUUUGGAUCAGUGAGAUUCUGCUGUGCAGUUCCCUCAUCUGGUUUACAAAGACCUUUGUUGUGGUUUACCAUUUUCAGGUUUACACACUCUUUGGCUGUUGUGGUUCUUGAGCCUGCAGGUGAUGAUGAUGGAUGUUUUUGGGGCAGUGCAGACUGGAUCCAGGAUCUCUGCAUCCUCCUGCUGAUUCUCACUUGUUAAAGGAAUAGUCUAACAUUGUCAUGUGUUCAUCAGAGUCAGAUGAGAAGGUGAUUAGCAGUUUAAUCUGUUUGCAUCCAGUACAGAUUUGAUACACACACAAGCUGUGCUCCAGUCCAUCCCAAAGGUGUUGGAUAGGGUUGAGGUCAUAGCUUUAUGUAGACCAGUCAAGUUCACACCAAAUUGGGAAUUUCUUAAGGAGCUGGCUUUGUGCAGCUCACAUGGAUUUCUGGCAGAAAUGUUGGUUGACUGUUUGCAGUUUUCUCCACGUGGCUGCGGCCAAAAGAUCUGUUAUAAACUGUGCUGAGCUUGCUUUGAUAUCAUUGGAGUGGUAUUUUAUUGUUGUGGCUACGUAGGUCUUGACUCAGACUGUGCUGUGAUAGAAAUAUAACUGAUGUUAAAACUUUCAGAAAAGAUCUUCUCAGCCAUCUUUAUUUCCUGCUGUUCUCCGUGCUUUGUGUUCAGAGUAGAAUUGCACAAAGUAAUUCUGCCUUUUUCUUUUUUGUCAGCAUCCUUGGAGACAUGACUCUCUUGUUCCAAUAAAACUUGAGCAGAAUUGCCAAUGGACGCAACAGCUGUGUUGUAACUGGUUGAUCAGUCCACAGUGUGAUCAUAGGAGUUAAGGUGACUAAAAGGUCCAAAAGUAGUUAACUGAGAUGUCCACAUACAUCUCUGAACUGGAUGCACAGAGAUGAAACUGAUAUCAGUCCUCCUUUCUCAAAGUAGGUUUAAUCCAAGCAAGUAUAUUUCCCAAAAUGUUGAACUGUUCCUUUAAUCAGUCAUUAUUUUCAUCACUUCAAAGAGCUGAGUGGGGGAAAAAAAACGUGGGCAUGGUGUUUUUGUCUUCCAUCUUUACUUCCCAGCUUUACCCAGCUAAUG